AAUACCCCAUCUGUACCACAUCUGCCUGCUGCUUGUACCUUCCUCAGAAGCAUCCAGGGCUUGGAAUUUUGGAUUUAAAAAAAUCAACCCAGAUUAACACACUGCUAGAUCUCAAGUAGGCAAUAUUUCAUUGAUAUUGCUUAAAAUUUUCUGCAAAAUUUAUGUGAGUUCAUAGAAAACCUGUCAUUGCCUUGUUGCUGCAUUUUAUUACAGCUGAGAACUCUUUACCUCUUUAUUGCACAGCAGACCUUCACAAUAUCAGAGAUGCUUAGACUUGGUUUCUGCAGGGUCAGUUUUUAAGUUAAUUAUGGCAACACUGCCUUUAAACACAGGUUUCUGAAUCUGCAGCCAAACUUGGUGUUAACAGUUAUCGCUAUUGUUAUUAUUAUUGCUAUUAUUAUUACUGUUAUUUUUAUCACUAUUAUUACUAUAACUGCUAUUACCACAAAAUAUUUUAAUAUUAUAGACCAUGAAUAAAUUGCUUGAACAAUUUGGUGGUUACAUAGCUCAAGAAGCUCUGAAACCAACUGCAUGCAAAGUAUUAUCAAUAUAGAAGCCAAAUUUACUGGAAAUAGAGAAUGCUUUCUUAAUGUGCUCCUUCUUUACUCUGAUCUGGUGGUAUUUUAAUCAAUUAUUUGCUUAAGAAAGGCACAUUAAUUUAGCAUGCCAAGGUCAACACAGAAAAUUUCAAAGCCUGAGGACAACCUGAAUGUUUUGGGUGGUGAUGAGGCCAAGUCAAGGUAACAACUGUCUUCCCAAAUUUCUGUCUUUAUCCCUGUUUGUGUUCAGUGAAGCACUCAGACCUUGCAAAGGCAGCUCAGGAAGGACAAGAAGGAGCAGGGCUUCUCCUUGGGUGUGUCCCAGGGAGAGGAGGGAGCUUGGGCAGGGUGUGUUUGGGCGAGGAGAGCCAACCAGCCCUUGGAAGCGCAGGGAGUGGCUUGGAGUGGGGCUGUAUAACGGGCAGGCCAGCAUGGGCCACCCUCAGCCUGGACACGGAUUCCAGCACGGAUGGCUCCCCAGACCGGCCCCAGCGAGAAGGGCACGGGAGCUGUUCCAGCCUUCCCACAGCUUUUCACCUGGGAAGAGAUCGGGAUCCGCAACGGGCGCGGGCAAGGCCGGGAGCAGUGGCUGGUGAUCGACAGGAAGGUUUACGAUGUCAGCGAGUUUUCCAAGAGACAUCCCGGGGGCAGACGGGUUAUCAGCCACUAUGCUGGGCAGGAUGCCACGGAUGCCUUUGUGGCAUUUCACAACGACAAGUCCCUGGUGAAGAAGUACCUGAAAUCUCUACUGAUUGGGGAGCUGGCACCAGAUCAGCCCAGCUUUGAGACUAAUAAAAAAAAAUCCCUCUUGGAGGAUUUUCGUGAGCUGCGCUGCACCAUUGAGAAGAUGGGACUUCUGAGGCCCAAUUAUUUCUUCUUCUUCCUGAUUUUCCUUCACCUCCUGGUGCUGGACGCUGCGUCCUGGCUCGUGGUCUGGUACUUUGGCGUAUCCCUGGUGCCUUUUGUGGUUGGCAUGGCGUUCUUCACCACUGCCCAGAUCCAGAUGGGCUGGUUCCAGCAUGAUCUGGGGCACUGCUCUGUCUUCAGGAGGCCCAGGUGGAAUCAUCUCAUGCAGAUCGUGGUGAUAAACAUGCUGAAGGGGUUGCCUGCCAGCUGGUGGAACCACCUGCACAACCAGCACCACGCCAAGCCCAACUGCUUCCGCAAGGACCCCGACCUCAACAUGCACCCUCUGCUCUUCAGCCUGGGCAAGACCCUCUCCGUGGAGCUUGGAAAGCAGAAGAAGAAGUUCAUGCCUUACAAUUACCAGCACAAGUAUUUCAUCUUGCUGGCUCCGCUCGCCCUCAUUCCUUUCUUCCAGCUGUCAAUAUUAUACUUUGCAAUCAGGAGGAAAAAGUGGUUGGAACUGAUAUUGAUUGUGGCUUUCAACAUCCGAGUCUGCCUCAUGUACGUUCCUUUAAUGGGAUUUAAAAACUUCAUGAUAUACUACUGGCUGUCCAGGUAUCUUGAGAGUACCUGGUUUAUUUGGGUGUCCCAGAUGAAUCACAUCCCAAUGAACAUUGAUUAUGACAAGAACAAAGACUGGGUGUCUACUCAGCUCCACGCGACCUGCAACGUGAACCAGUCUGUGUUCAAUGACUGGUUCACUGGGCACCUGAACUUCCAAAUUGAGCACCACCUGUUCCCCACGAUGCCUCGGCACAACUACUGGAAAGUGGCUCCCCUGGUGAAAAGCCUCUGUGACAAGCACGGCAUUGAGUACAAAAGCAAGACUUUGCUGACAGCCUUUGUAGAUAUUUUGCAUUCCCUGAAGGAUUCUGGGGAGCACUGGCUGGAAGCAUAUCUGCAUGGAUAGAAACUGGCAAUUCUCCAAGGGAAUCCCUUCACCACACAACUACUGCCAAGAGUCAGGACACAUCAUCCCUGUGCGUGUCCUCAGGCACAGGAACUCAGGAGCUGGGCAAAGUUAAUUUCAGUAAGAAUGAAAUGGGAAAGUGGCUUCAAGAUACAUUUUUUUCCUUGUUCCCAACCAUGAACCUCUGUUUUUUCCUGCUCUCAAUUUCAGAAUUCAGAGAUGGGCUUUUAAACUUGGGGAGAAGUAGCUCUUGAAUCAGCUUGAUCAGUUUAACUUUAUUGGAAGUGCCAGCUCCUUGCUUAUGGAAGAGGUUUGAAAGGAAAUUCUUCUUCGAGUCAUAGAAUCCUGGAAUGGUUUGGGUUGGAAGGGACCUUAAAGAUCAUCUUGCUCC